AGUUGUGGGUAAAUCAUCAAAUAGAGAUGGAAAUAACUCAGAGGAAACUCCUAUCACAGAAAUCAAGAAGAAAUACACUUCCUGGAAGAAAGCAGUAAUAAACUUAUUUGUGGGGUCUAUGACUUGUCUAUCUUCUUUUGGUUUCUUUAUAAAUGUCGGCUGAUAUAAGCUCUAAUGUUUUUAACCUGCUUGUCAACCAUAUAGAAGAGGAAUACUGCAUCUAAAUCAUCAAAUAGAGAUAGAAAUCACUCAGAGGAAACUCCUAAAACCAAAGUCAAGAGGAAGUGUACUGCUGGGGAGGAAUUGGCUUCUGAAAUGCGUGGCACAGUGAGCAAUUGGUUGGUAAGAGAGUAAAGGUUUGAUGGCCAAUGGACAAGACGUUUUAUGAAGGUGUCAUUGAUUCUUAUGACUGCAUAAAAAAGGGGCACAAGAUAUUAUAUGCUGAUGGGCAUGUAGAGAGAUUGAAUCUUGAAAGACAACGUUUUAAACUGGUUGGAGAUGUUGAUUUGUCAAAAGAGGGACAAGAGAUUGAUGUGCUAAAAUCUGAUUCUUCAUCCCAUAUAUCGCAGAGGGAAAAACAUGAGACAAAGUUUCAGCUGGUCAAAGAAGUGAAGGCCUCAUCCUUGAAAAGGAGUAAUGAUCAUGCCAUUGCAUCCAAAGCGAAGGCUAGAAAAUCAGCUGGUGCUUCUGCCAAUGGUACUAAACUUGACAAAACUAUUACCCAUGGUGAACCAAUGAUCGAUGCACCUGGAAAAGAUUGCGGUUCGAAAGGGGAUGAUCACAACUCCAUAAACAAAUUGAUAGUGAAAGACAGGAAACUGAUAUUGACCAUAACCAGACCACAAAAGACUAAUACGACCCCUACCAAGAGCAAAAGCUCUCAAGGUGAUGGUGGGGAAUUUCCAGGCGUUUGCAAUACUGUCGGAGAGGAUUUUGACAAAGAGAAAGAAGCAAAAAAUGUGGAAUGUUCAACCAACAUUGAAGCGAAGGAAAUACUGGACAUAGACCAAGUAAUAUAGGGAGAAGAGGCUUGAAAACUUACAAGUUUGGGUUCUGUAUAGUGGAAGUGUUGGUUUAUAUAUAGUGGCUGUGUUUUUGAGGUGAAUAUCAGCUCAUUUGUGCCUUCUUAUUUUGCCAGAGAGCUGUAAAUUCAUCUUCUUCCCUCUACUGUGUAAUGGGGUGUAGAAAACUGAGGUCACAGACAGACCAUUUAGACUGCAAUUUAAUUAGUUAUCCAUAUAUUAAAGAUCAUAUUUAAGUAUAUUAUCAUCA